AUGAGUAAAUACAGUAGUAAAAAAUCAGCAAGGGUCUAUCAAAAAAGUUGCUACAGCGCUGAUAAUUGCGUCAUCACAGAGUUAAAUAGGACGAUACUCGGAGAUAGAUUAUUAAUUGACCCUAAAACAGUAGCAAUCGACACAAAAAAUUAUAUAUUUGAAAAACUUCAUGAUGAGAAUUAUUUAUUGAGUUCGGUCAAGUACGGAUUACGAAUUGUCAUGCCGAUGAUUAAUCAUGGAGGUUUAUUUGCAAGAUUGGAACUUGUUGAUGACAGAAAUGAUGUAGAAGUUAAAUGCGUGAAAAGAGAACGAGCUGGAAAACGAGUAUUGAAAGGUAAAACGAAAGAAGAAUUUGAUGUCACAAAAAACAACACGCUCAAAGUGAAAAUGGAGUUUAAAUUCCGAGAAACGUCGAGUGACAACACAGUUGAAAAAUACAGAUUAUUAGUACACAUCAUGUUAGAAAAUAGGAUAUUAUUGACAUUUAAUUCAGAACCGUUCAGAACAGUUGUGCGGGCACCAGUAAGCAGCAAGAAAUCAUCACGAUCAACUCCAUUACCUUCAUUAACGACAUCUCACAAUGCCAAUGAGGAAACUGAUGAAGAUUCUGAUGAAGACGACGAAGAAGAUGAGGUAGCUCAAAAGAAAACAAAGAAAUAA